UGUGUUUCUGCUUGAAAGUCUUGAACCGUCCGGGAUGGAUCUGUUCUACCUGAACCCGCUGCUUUUCCUAUUCUUUCUACCUGGUUUCUGCGCAGGGAGCAGUGUUCUUCCGCCGGGUCCGGUGGACGUGGUUGCGGGGAAAAGCGUGACUCUGAGAGUGCUGGUGGCGAAAAACACGGACGACAUCAUCAUCUGGAAUUUCAGCGACGGGAAGGACCAAACGAAUGUCGGCACUUUGCGGUCCAACACGUCACAGCUGAACGAUCCGUACAAAACCAGAGCUGCCAUUGACCCAAGCAACGGGUUCCUGACCGUGAACGCCCUACAGAACGAGGACAGCGGGGACUAUAGCAUCAACAUCUUAAAGUCUUCCGGCACAACUCUGACUGGAGAAAUUAAAGUCAGAGUUCUGGUGCCAGUAUCUAACGUGGUCAUCAAGUCUGACCUGGAUGAAGCCAUUGAGAACAACAGCACUGUGGUUCUUACGUGUUCUGCCUCAGGCUCAGACCUGACAUUCAGCUGGACCAACGACACCGUGCCCAUUGUCGCCGAUGGCAAACGAUUGAUCGUAACAAAUAUGCCACCAUCACUGGACGGAGGUUCCAGUAAGUUGACCAUCACAGGUGUCCUCAGGUCAGACCUGGUUGGUCCCAUUUUCUGCACUGCUAAAAACUCACUGGAACAAGGGAAGAGUCCACCUUUCAACCUCACAGUUUACUAUGGACCCGAGGAUGUCACAAUAAACCCCCUGAAACCCAGCGAGUACGUUACAUCCAACUCGGACUUCAACCUGACAUGUGCAGCCCGCUCCAGCCCGCCUGCCACCUUCACAUGGUACUACAACACGGUUGAAAUCAAGGCCAGCGGUCCCAUCCUCACCCUGAAGACCAUUGAAACGCAAGGAUUCGGAAAACAACUGGCAGACUACACGUGCAGAGCCCAAAAUGCCAAAACCAAACGUGUCAUCCCCUCGUCCGCUGUUCGAUUUUCUGUGAUGGAACCCAUAAUAGAUGCUAUAAUCACCAGCCCGACUAGUGCCCUCAUGGCCGGCAACAGUUCGGCCAACAUCAGCUGCCGGGCGACGUCAGGCAACGUCACGGAAAUAAUCUGGCUGAAAGAUAGUAAAGCUCUGUCUGCCAGCGAUAGAGUUGUUUUCUCCAGCGACAAGAGCUCCAUUUUCAUCAGUGUGCUACAGAAAGAGGACAAUGGAGUCUACACCUGCAAGCUCCGCAACUCAGUCAGCGAAAAAGAAGCCACCUACAUCAUGACAGUCAGCUAUGGUCCUGAUCCAGUGACGGUGAAUGGGAAGGGUGAAGUAGAAGUGGAUACUGAGGUGGUGCUCACCUGCUCUGCUCCGUCCGUCCCACCUGCUAACUUCACCUGGAAGUUAAACGGCACAGUGCUUCCACCCAAAACGACCAAUCUAGUCAUCCAAAAGGCUUCAUAUAAAGACUCGGGGUUGUACACAUGUGAGGCGUUCAAUCAAGUCACGGGCAAGACCACCGUUAACACUCACACCCUCAGUGUAAAAGAGGAGAUCAAUGAUGGUCUCUCAGAUGGAGCUAUCGCUGGAAUCGUCAUUGCCUGCCUUGUUGCAGUGGGAGCAUUCAUCGCUUUGUUCUUUUACUGUCGACAGAAAGUACCAAACCGAUCUUCAAACAAACACGAUGCCAGCAUUCAGUCACCGUAUUAACAACAGCUCUGCACAUUGCUGGCCAAAACAUCUCGCCAUUUUAUUCCCCGUGAUCAACUUGUGCAGCCCAAAGAGGCACAUGGGUGGAUCCGCCUGGCUUCCUGUGAAAGACUCGUUCGACGGGAUAUUCUAUCGCAACCCAUUUGCCUCUUUCUGUCUGGCUGACAAGGACUGGAAAUCUGAAUCAACCAAAGCAAUGGAUUGUCAGGGUUUGGACUGUGCGCUGUUAACACAACUAUUUAGAAUUUAUUUGUUUUUAUUUCCUCUUUUACCACUGGGUUGCUUCCUCCUUUGACCCGUUACUUCCACAUGCUGUUGAUGAACAUUAUGGCUUCAGUUUGGUCUAUCCUGGAGAAACCCAGAACACAGAGAACUUGUGCUAUUGAGACCUUUUUUGGUUUAAAGUUGAUGGAGUGAUGAGAGUGAUGAAUGAUUUGUCUUUAUCCUGCUAGAAACCUGAGGGAAAAACACACACAUGCAAGUAACAUCAAUCAACUGUGAUUUCAUACGUGCAUGAGUGAUCACAACCAUAGUGCCCACACAAGUAGAAGAUCAGGUAUUCUGCUUUAAAUAGCAUCUAAAAUAGUAGUAUUCAUCUUGCUGCUGGUGCCAGGAGGGUGGAGUUUUCCUGAUAAGAACAACUUCAAAAGCGGCAGUAGAUUUUAGUUCACUUUGAAGCUCAAGAGCUUUGUUGGAAGUCGCUUGGAUCCAUGAUACCUCAGUUUGUUUGGUGCUCACCAUGGUGAAAGACGGUUACUGGUGUACCUGCUCAGUCCACACUGCCAGAAACGUAGAUAUUUUUUUGUUUAUUUUAUUUUGCGUUGAAGCCACUAUGAAAAUAUAUCGGUAUCACUCCCCUUUUUAGUUCCCCAAGCCUCAUUAUUAUUAUUUUUCUACAAAAGUAUGCCAUAUUUAUUCAAUUAAAAUAACUGUAAAGGUGAUUUUCAGACACUUUUUAGGACAGGUCCCCUUAGACAAAACAUGUUUAAAAUUAGCUAGCAUGGUCAUUGGUAUUUAUGACAUAUAGUCAAAGACGUCUGAGAUAAAAAGACAUAAAAUCCAACUUAAAAAAGACCAGAAUUUAACAUUGAAGCAAUUAUUCAAAUAUAUAUAAUGUUACGUUCAUGUACCUUUUAAGACACCAGCUGAAGCAUGAGGACUGCAUCCAAUAAUGGUCAGUCAGGUCAUCUGGACAGUUUCUGUUUUGUGGAAAGACAGGGCGUCAUCGGUCUAAGGAGUCCCAAGUAAACUGUUUCCCCACCAAGCAGUACACUCCUUUAGUGGACCAACCAGUUUACUAGGACUGCAGUAUGGUUACCCAAAGUCAGAAAUACAGUUUCUUUUUUUUGGGGGGGAAAAACUUUUUUCAACAAGGUCCCAUCACUGCAGCCCGUCAUGCAGGACCUGCUAACUGCCAACAGGCUAUUGCUUUCAUUUUGCAUCUUUAGGCAGCAAAAUAGGAUAUCCACCCUGCCACCAGUUUAUUUGAUCCACUAAUUGAAACUGUUGCUUUAUGAAUUGUUUUAAUGAAGCAAUUAUGCCCCAAAAUAGGAAAUAAACAGGUGAGCAAUCACUUGUUGGUCACUUCUUGCCACAUGCUCUCUUGUACAAGUCCAUGAUAACUUAGAAUUUAGACACAUUUUUUUUCUCUAAACCAUUGGUUCCCAACUCAGGUCCUUGAGGAACACCAU